AUCUAUUUCCAGACAUCUUCCUUCUCUUUUUUUUUUCAAAUUUUAAUUUUUAUGAAAAAAUUGGUGCAAUUUAUCUUUAAUUUGAGCCAAAGCUAUGCCACCAGGUGUUGCUUUUUCCACAAUAAUCUUGAUUGUGUUGGUUUCCAUUAUUACAGUUAGAAAUGUGUCUUCACUUCAUUUCAGAGAAGCCCCAAAGUUUUAUAAUUCCCCAAAUUGCCCUUCCAUUGCUCCGCCACUAUCCGCCGCCGCCGCCGACACAUUAUCCAACAUUUGUUUCAACAGCGAAGAAGCAGUUCAUGUAGCGAUGACCCUCGACGCCGCCUACCUCCGUGGCUCACUGGCGGCGGUUCUCUCCGUCCUCCAGCACUCCUCCUGCCCGGAAAACAUCGUCUUCCACUUCGCCGCCUCCUCAGUCGCCGACACCGCCGUGCUCAGCCGCACCAUUUCGAGGUCGUUCCCGUAUCUCCAGUUCAGGAUGUACCCGUUCGACGUCUCCGCCGCCGCCGGCCUGAUAUCGACCUCCAUACGGGCGGCGCUGGACUGCCCACUCAACUACGCCCGCAACUACCUCGCCGAUCUCCUGCCGGCAUGCAUCCGGAAGGUGGUCUACCUGGACUCCGACCUCGUCCUCGUCGACGACAUCGCGAAACUCGCCGCCACGCCGCUCCCGAACGGGGCCGUGCUGGCGGCGCCGGAGUACUGCAACGCCAACUUCACCACCUACUUCACGCCGACGUUCUGGUCCAGCCCUUCUCUCUCUCUAACCUUCGCCAACAGAAAACCCUGCUACUUCAACACCGGAGUUAUGGUGAUCGAUCUCCAGAGAUGGAGGGCCGGUGAUUACACCACCAAGAUUGUCGAGUGGAUGGAGCUUCAGAAGAGGAUGAGGAUUUACGAGCUGGGCUCUUUGCCGCCAUUCUUGCUCGUGUUCGCCGGAAACAUAGCUCCGGUUGAUCACCGGUGGAACCAGCACGGACUCGGCGGCGAUAACUUCCGUGGACUCUGCCGUGAUUUGCACCCUGGUCCGGUGAGCCUGUUGCAUUGGAGCGGGAAGGGGAAGCCGUGGGCCCGGCUCGACUCGAACCGGCCCUGCCCGCUCGAUGCUUUGUGGGCCCCUUAUGAUUUGUUACGGACCUCAUUUUUUCUUGAAUCUUAAGGAUUUGAGGAAUAUUAUAAAAUUAGAUGAAGAAGACGUGCACAAGAGAGAGAAGAGAUUUUCUGAAGGUGGAGAUCCUACUCUCUUGUGUGAAGAAAUACUAUAUAUAUAUAUAUA